AUCAACACAUAACGCGUUGAAGAAAUGUACAGAGGCAAGAUUUCAAUACAGAUCAUUUACCUGAACAAAAGAGGUUUUGCACUUGGAUCCAACACCAAUUGAAACUCACGAACCUCAGUAAAGAUGGCUAAAGCAGCAGUUGCUCCUUCCAAUGCUACUUUCAAAAACAAAGAGAAACCUCAAGAGGUUAGAAAAUCCAAUAUAUUAGCUGCUAGAGCAGUGGCAGAUGCUAUCAGAACAUCAUUGGGUCCAAAAGGUAUGGAUAAGAUGAUCAAGACUGGUAAAGGUGAAAUUAUCAUUUCUAAUGAUGGUCAUACUAUUCUUCAACACAUGGCUGUCUUACAUCCAGCCGCUAGAAUGCUUGUCGAUGUCUCCGGUGCUCAAGAUGUCGAAGCCGGUGAUGGUACUACUUCUGUUGUUAUAUUGACCGGUGCUUUAUUAGGUGCUGCUGAGAAACUAUUACAAAAAGGUAUUCAUCCAACUAUAAUUGCAGAAUCUUUCCAAAGAGCAGCUGCAAGAUCUGUUGAAAUCUUACUUGAUAUGUCUACAAAAAUUUCAUUAGAUGAUCGUGAAGCUUUAAUUCGUGCAGCUUCUACCUCAUUAAGUAGUAAAAUUGUUAGUCAACAUAGUCAUUUAUUAGGUCCCCUAGCUGUUGACUCUGUCUUAAAAAUCACAAGCCCAGAUUCAUCAAAUGUUGAUUUGAAUGAUAUUAGAUUAAUAAAGAAAGUUGGUGGUACAAUUGAUGAUACACAAUUAGUCGAUGGUGUUGUAUUGACUCAAAAUGUUGUCAAGAAUGCAGGUGGUCCUACAAGAAUUGAAAAGGCAAGAAUUGGUUUAAUUCAAUUUCAACUUUCACCUCCAAAACCUGAUAUGGAAAAUAAUGUUGUGGUGAAUGAUUACAGACAAAUGGAUAAGAUCUUAAAAGAAGAAAGAGCUUAUUUGUUAAACAUUUGUAAAAAAAUCAAAAAGGCUAAAUGUAAUGUUUUAUUAAUCCAAAAAUCAAUCUUGAGAGAUGCUGUUAAUGAUUUAUCCUUGCAUUUCUUAUCAAAAUUAGGAAUAUUGGUUAUUAAGGACAUAGAACGUGAUGAAAUUGAAUUCUUGAGUAAAAGUCUUUCAUGUAAACCAAUUUCAGAUGUUGAUUUAUUCACAGAAGAUAGACUUGGUUCUGCUGAUUUGGUUGAAGAAACUGAAUCAUCAGGUUCAAAAAUUGUUAAAAUUACAGGUGUUAAAAAUGUUACUUCUCCAACAGUUUCUGUCAUUUGUCGUGGUGCUAAUAACUUGGUUUUGGAUGAAGCUGAACGUUCAUUACAUGAUGCUCUAUGUGUUGUCCGUUGUUUAGUUAAAGAAAAAGCAUUGAUUGCUGGUGGUGGUGCUCCAGAAAUUGAAGUUUCAAGAACAUUGAUGAAAGAAGCAAGAUCAUUAUCAGGUACUGAAGCUUUCAUUUGGAAUGAAUUUGCUGAAGCUCUUGAAGUCAUUCCAACUACAUUGGCUGAAAAUGCUGGUAUGAAUAGUAUUAACGUUGUUACUGAUUUACGUAACAGACAUGAAAAUGGUGAACGUAAUGCAGGUAUUUCAGUCCGUCGUUCAGCUGCUACAAACACAUAUGAUGAACAUGUCUUGCAACCAGUACUAGUCAGUACAAGUGCCAUCACAUUAGCUUCUGAAACUGUUAAAUCAAUAUUACGUAUCGAUGAUAUUACAUUCAGUCGAUAAUUAUGGUGAUGUAAAUGGUUUUAUAUAAAUAAAAGAUUUUGUACAAAGCUUUAUAUUCCCUUUAUCCAGUGUAGUUCAU